GGCCUGGCCGCGGGGUGGGCGUGGCCGGGCGGGCGGGCCCCGCCCACGCACGUGGGUCACGUGGGCGGGCGCGCGGCGGCCGCGUGUGGCGGGGGGCGGGGCCGGGGCGGGGCCGGGGCGGAGGGGGCGGGGCCGGCGCCUGCGCGGAGCCAUCGAAGGUGCCAGAAGGAUCCGGGCGGCGGAGGCGGCGGAGCCGGUGUCCCCCGUGUCCGUGCCAGCCUCACCGUGGAGUCCCUGCGGGCGCUGUCGCAGCUGCACUCCCCGCCCGGGGGGGGAGGUGACAGCCACCACCACUGCCACCGCGGUGCCAGCGGUGCCAGCGUCCCCCCGAUGUGGGAGGAGGAGGACGAGUGCCUGCACUUCCACGGCAUGCUGUCCCUGCACCGCCUCUUCGAGGUGCUGGCCGCGCAGCUCACCCCGGCCGACGUCACCGUGCUGUCCUUCCUGCUGGACGAGGCCCUGUCCCCAUCCCCCGGGGACAGUGACAGCGGGGACAGCCCCCCGAGGGGGCGGCGGGACCCCCGGGACGGGCUGGAGCUGCUGCUGGAGCUGGAGCGGCGCGGGCUGUGCCACGAGGGGGACCUGGGGCUGCUGCGGCAGCUGCUGCGGCUGCUGGCGCGCCACGACCUGCUCAGGUGUGUGACGCUGAAGAGACCGCGGCCAGCUGCUGGCACGGCACGACCUGCUCAGGUGUGUCACCCUGAAGAGACCGCGGCCAGUGUCCCCAGACCGUGUCACCUGUGUCCCCGCCCUGGGGGACCCCUGCCCGAGCCCCCCCCAGCCCCGCCCCGAGCACUGGGAGACAGGUUCCAGCUCGGCGAAGCGGAAGCGCAGCCGGAACUCCCGAAAUUCCCGAAAUUCCCGAAAUCCCCGAAAUCCCCGAAAUCCCCGAAACCCCCGGAGCUCCCAGCAUGCCCGGGGCCGCGCCGGCCCCGCCCCCACAGCGAGACCCCGCGGGACCCCCCCGAGCCCCCGGCCCGGGUCACCUGCGACAUCCGUCUCCGCGUCCGCGCCGAGUACUGCGAGCACGACGGCGCGCUGCGGCGCGGCGUGGCCUCGAGCCGGCCGCGGGGCCCGGGCCGGGCGCUGGACGUGUUCGGCCAGGCCAGCGGCGUGCUGAAAUCCCGCGACCUGGGCUCCAUCCUGUGCGACAUCAAGUUCUCGGAGCUGUCGUACCUGGAGGCGUUCUGGGGCGAUUACCUGAGCGGGGCCCUGCUCGAGGCCCUCAAGGGCGUCUUCCUGACCGAGGGGCUGCGGCGCGCCGUGGGCCGCGAGGCCGUGCGCCUGCUGGUCAGCGUGGACCAGGACGACUACGAGCAGGGCCGGAGGCGGCUGCUGGAGGCACAGCGCGCGGGGGGGAGGGGGCCGGGCGGGGGGGAGGGGGCAGGGG